AUGACAGUCGAUAAGAAGAAGCGUAGUAGCGUGGAUGAAAGAGGAUAUGACACCAUCAAAAAGCAAAGACAAGUGAGUGAUGUCUUAGAAGACGAAAUGAGUUAUUCCGACGAUGAAAAUCACAUUCAAAUAGAUACCGUUGGUACUAUACAAGAUUCUGAGAACUAUUUGAAAUGGCAAGAUACUAUUUCUUCAGUGGUAAAGUCGGUUGUGUCUAUUCAUUUUGCUCAGGUAACUCCCUUUGAUUGUGAACCUGCAUUAGUUUCAGAAGCUACAGGAUUCGUGGUGGACUCUGAACUUGGUAUUAUAUUGACUAACAGACACGUUGUUGGACCAGGUCCUUUUGUAGGGUACGUGGUCUUUGAUAAUCACGAAGAAUGUGACGUUAUUCCAAUAUAUAGAGAUCCAGUACAUGAUUUUGGCUUCUUAAAAUUUGACCCAAAAAAGAUAAGAUAUGCGAAGAUUCAAGCUUUAGAAUUGAAACCAUCUUUGGCUAAAAUUGGUUCUGAGAUUAGAGUGGUAGGUAAUGAUGCCGGUGAGAAAUUAAGUAUCCUUUCUGGAUUUAUCAGUAGAUUAGACAGGAAUGCUCCGGAUUAUGGUGAGUUGACAUAUAAUGAUUUCAACACCUCAUAUAUUCAGGCUGCCGCAUCGGCAUCUGGUGGUUCAAGUGGGUCUCCUGUUGUGAAUAUUGACGGUUACGUAGUUGCUUUACAAGCUGGUGGUUCUACCGAAGCUUCUACUGACUUCUUCUUACCUCUAAAUAGAGUACUAAGGGCACUACAAUGCGUGCAGGCGGAUAAACCUAUUACUAGAGGUACAAUCCAAGUACAGUGGCUCCUAAAGCCGUAUGACGAAUGUAGAAGACUAGGUUUAACUUCCGAUAGAGAAGCCCUUGCGCGCAAGCUCUUCCCAGAAAAUAUUGGUUUACUUGUAGCAGAAACUAUUCUAAGGGAAGGACCUGGGGAUCAACUAAUUAAAGAAGGUGAUACUCUGAUAUCUAUCAAUGGUGAAAAUAUUUCUUCAUUUGUUCAAGUUGAUGAUAUUUUUGAUAAUAGCGUGGGAAAAGAGGUUAAUAUAUUAAUUCAGCGUGGUGGUGUUGAUCAUACAAUUAAGUGUAACGUUGGCGAUCUUCAUGCAAUUACCCCAAGUCGUUUCGUAGAAGUUUGUGGUGCUACUUUUAAUGAAUUAUCCUAUCAAAUGGCUAGAUGUUAUGCGUUACCAGUGAAGGGUGUAUUUGUCAGUAGUGCGUCCGGUUCCUUUAAUUUCGAUAAUAAGGAGAAAGUUGGUUGGAUCAUUGAUACCAUAGAUAAUAAGGAAACACCAGAUUUAAAUACAUUCAUAGAAAUCAUGAAGACAAUUCCUGAUCGUAAGAGAGUCACUGUACGUUACCAUCACCUCACGGAUCAACAUUCUCCAAAUGUCACUUCUAUUUAUAUUGAUCGUCACUGGUGUAACGAAUUUAGAAUUUAUGAAAGAAAUGACGUUACAGGUAUCUGGGAUUACAAGAAUGUUGCUGAACCUCUCUCUCCUGAAUCUUUACUGUCUCACAGUGCCAAAUUUAUAGAUAUCCCAACGAGCAAUGCCAAUAUAGCUAACCUGUCCCAUUCUCUUUGUAUGGUAAGUUCAAUCGCUACUGUUCCAUUAGAUUCUCUUCCAGCCGAGUCUUUUAAGGCUUCUGGUUUGAUUAUUGAUGCGGACAACGGUUAUGUUAUAGUAUCCAGAAGAGUUGUGCCACAUGAUUGUUUGGAUUGUUUUGUCACUAUCGCAGACUCUGUCGUUCUUCCAGCUACUGUUGAAUUUUUACAUCCAACUCAAAACUAUGUGAUUGUCAAAUAUGAUCCAUCUUUGGUGAAGGCUGAUACAAUUUCUGCAAAACUAUCUGACAAGAGAAUGAAAAGAGGUGAUAAAGCUCAAUUUGUUGGUUUCACCCAUAAUAAUAGAUUGGUGACUUCUGAAACUGUCGUCACCGAUAUUUCUUCUGUCAGUAUUCCUAGUAACAUAAUCCCAAGAUACAGAGCCACCAAUUUAGAAGCUAUUUCAAUAGACUCCAAUGUCAGUACCAAGUGUAAUUCUGGUAUUUUAACUGAUGAAGAUGGCACUGUGAGGGCUUUAUGGUUAGCAUUUCUUGGCGAAAGACAAGAAAGUAAGGAAAAGAUUUAUUUAAUGGGUUUGGACAUUACAGACUGCAGAGCAACUAUUGAUAUUCUUAAACGAGGCGGUAAGCCCGUUGUCAAUAUUGUUGAUGCUGGCUUCGGCUCUAUUUCUGUUUUAAAUGCUAGAAUCAGGGGUGUUCCUGAAGAAUGGAUUGAACGUAUGGAAAAAGCAUCCCAAAACAGACUGCAAUUCAUGUCAGUUACCAGAGUCUCAUACACGACUGAAACUGUGAGGUUACAAACUGGUGAUGUGAUUUUAUCUGUUAAUGAUAAAUUAGUUACAGAAAUGGGCCAAUUAAGUGGUGUCAUAACGUCUUUAGAAGAUAUGAAGGAAUCCCCAGUGCUACGAUUCAAAGUGGUACGUGACGGGAAAAUACUUGACUUGGACGUGAAAACAAUUGUGGUGAAAGAAACGGGUAGAAUUGUUAUAUUUGCAGGAUGUAUAUUACAAGAAGCUCAUCAUGCUGUGCGCCAGGCAAUGAUUGAUGUUCCUAAGGGUGUUUACUGUACUUUCAGAGGUGAAUCAUCACCUGCUGUCCAGUACGGUAUUUCCACUACGAAUUUCAUUACACAUGUCAAUGAAGUAGAAACUCCCGAUUUAGAGUCAUUUUUAACUGCUGUGAAACAAAUUCCAAAUAACAGCUAUUGUAAGAUGAGACUGAUGACAUUUGAUAAUGUCCCAUUUGCUAUUUCUCUAAAGACAAAUUAUCACUACUUCCCAACCGCUGAACUGGCCAAGAAUCAGAUGACUAACGCAUGGAUCGAAUUGGAACAUAACAAGACGGAGGAAAAGGUUACUAAAUGA